AAAGUAAUAGCUUCGACUUAAAAGGAGAGGAGGCUUCACUAACUAGGUUCAUUCUCUUUUUCUCCAGUAUAAACAAAAAAUAUACUAGGCUUAAUCUGUUCAUUAAAAGAAAACUAGUUGCAGUUAGGAGAAAGAUAUUCUCUACAUGCAGCUGGAGCCUGGAGCCCCUUUAUAGAAUCAUAUGAUUCAGUGGCUGAACUUAUAUUUUAUGUGAUAGAUGAAAAAUCGCAUACACCGAGGAUUUUUGGGUCUGAGGUGUGUGAAGAAUCUCUGUUAUUAAUUUGCAGCGCAGAAAAUGGAGAAGAAAGGAGGAGAUUCUUUUAGGUUUCCUGGAAAACUUCUCUUUCUUGCUGUUUUUGCUCUCGUUUUCAUGACCUUAUUGCUUCGGGACCGGGAUAGGAAUCCUUUUAUUUCUACACAUGAAUCAGCCCAAAAUCAGUAUACCUCGCCCGCUCCAGCUCCAGCGUGCUUUCUUCUUGACCCGAAUAACUCCUCCGUGUCUAUGGAGCCUGAGAUGAAAACUAAUGAAGGAAAUUCUCAAUCAAUGACGAUAGAAGAACGGGAAGAGGCAUCAGAGAAUGUUGAUAGCUCCGCAACCUCGUAUCCUCCUGAGAAGGAUGAUGGUAAUAAGAAUGGAACAUCCUCAGUCGAAACAAAAGUCUGCAAUUAUGCAAAGGGUAGAUGGGUUGCUGACAGCAGGCCGCCUUUAUAUACUGUUGGAUGCAAGUAUAUGCAAAGAAAUUGGGCAUGUAGACUCACCAAUCGAACAGAUUUCGCUUAUGAAGGUUAUCGAUGGCAGCCGAUAGAUUGUAAAAUGCCAGAGUUUGAGCCCUCUGAUUUCUUGAGAAGGAUGCAGGACAAGACAGUUGCUUUCAUAGGAGAUUCAUUAAGCAGGGAGCAAUUCCAAUCCAUGAUGUGCAUGCUCACUCGGGGAGAAGAGAGCCCUGACGUUGAAGAUGUUGCAGACAAAUAUGGUUUCCUUCAAUUGAUACGUAAAGGAGCUUAUCAUCACCAUGGCUGGGCUUACCGUUUUCGCAGUACCAAUACCACCAUUCUGCAUACUUGGUCAGCUAGACUUUGUGACCGGAAUCCUAUUAACGCCACCGAUCCGAACACCCUUUACGCCAUGCAUUUGGACCGUCAGCCAGCUUUCAUUCGAGAAAACCUCGAUCAAAUUAACGUAUUAGUUAUCAACACAGCUCACCAUUGGAGCAAAACGAUGGUUAACAUGGACAAAGAGGUGAUGUAUGUGAACGGGACGCCCGUCCACGACAGAUUUCUUAGGAAUAUUGAGAAUGCCAAGAUCUUCAAAGUGAACAACAUUGUAAAAUGGCUUGAUUCCGAGUUGGCCUCGCGUCCCAACCUGCAAGUUUUCUUUAGAACCACAUCGCCAAGGCACUUUUUUAAAGGGGAAUGGAACACCGGGGGGAAGUGUGAUAACCUGGUUCCAAUGACAAGAGGGAGCGAAGUCCUUGCAGAAGAAUCAAGCGAUAAGAUUGUUGCAGCCGCUGUUCAGGGUACAAGGGUAAAGAUAUUGGAUAUAACUGCUCUGUCUGAUCUGAGAGAUGAAGCUCACAUUUCACAUUUUGGUCAUAAAGCCAAUGACUGCUUGCAUUGGUGCUUGCCUGGGGUUCCAGACACCUGGAAUGAACUCCUUAGCGCACAGGUCUAGAGUGUUUUUCUAUUGGGAAGCCUGGAAUGGAUUUUAAAUAUAAACUCCUCUCUUUGAAUAACUGUUUCCGAGUUAAAUUUUACGGAUAUAUUUUUUAAAAUCACAUUAUAUCAUUUACAUAUAUAUAUAUAUAGUCCUUGUGUUUCGUGA